AUGACAAGGUGCGAGGUUUGUUUGCACCUCUUCUCAAAGAUGUAUAUAUGUCAUGAUGUUGAAGUCAAGCCACACCUUCAGACCCUGACAGGAGAAGUGUUAAGAGUAAAUGUCAGUAAAAAUCAAGGAAAAUUAAAAAAAUGUGGCCACGGUCAAAAAAUCGAUUUCGCUCAUACUUUGUCAGUUUGAAGGUCUAGGUAAGUAACUGAAGGAUAUGAGGUUAGUUUUUUGAAAUAUUCCAUAUAACGGCAGUAAACCACGAAAAACGGUCACCCUACCAGAAGCUUGGAUUUCACCUGGCGGAAACUCGAAAUUUUACAUUUUUCAGCUUCUCGCUACACAGACGUUUACAUAGCUGUGAAUCUUUCUUGAGUAUAAUUGAAUACAUUAAUUCUUCCUUAGUCAAACCAUGGGAAUUAUUUUUAUCUCUGCUUAUUUGUGAGCGAACUGAGACCCGAUUAAGAAGACACACUUUUCUCAUUUACGCGAAGGUGUAAAAUAAUCCAAACUCAGCGACGAAAAAAGCUGACCGGUAGUUCUUCAAAUCCUCUGAUAUUAUAACCAAAGACAGUUCAGUCAUUGAUUUUUAGGUCUAGGGUUUUAAAUCUUUAGGAUCUAGUAGCACUUUUGCAUGAACGCCGAUAAAAAUUCGAUAAAAUUCCAAUUGAGCGCCUUUGAAAUCUACAACUCUACAUAGCAAAGCACUAUUGAAUAAAUUAACUCCUCGGCCAAAGUUUGUACAUAAAACAUAAAGGUUUUGCUUUCUUAGCGGUUCGAAGCGUUUUAAAAAUAUAUAUUAAUGUUAAAUAUUGUCUAUACAGGUAAAACAAACUAUGAAACACCAAAAUUACCACGAGCUGAAAUUAAAUCUCACAGGCUCGCUCCCUAAUCUGCGUCACGCACGAGCGACUUAGCUACAAUUAGUACAGUAACAAACAGAUAUUUACAUCCGUUUAUUUUAAAUAAGUCGUAUUUUUAAAAUAUCUUACUCAAAGAUGUGCCAGGUUUCCCAGUUAACUUGCUGAAAAAAAAAGAAAACCUUAAUAGUAAUUCUAGCUCAAUUAGAAUUAAUUUUAUUUAGUAUGAGAAGUUUUGUGCCGUCGAAAACCAAUCGGAAGUAACUGUUUCCACGAAAAGCAAAUAUUGCAUCGUUCUCUAAAUAAACAAAUCUACUUAACCAUAUAACCAGAGUAUGUUGUUGGCGAAGUUAAUAGACAAACAUAUAUAACAACGACGUCUUGCUCGUUCUUGAAUAUUGUCGGUGGGAUUUGCGGCGCAGACGAACGCACUUGCUAAGUAACUUCCAAUGGCUAAUUUCUACCCUUACUCAGCUUUCGUCACACUGCUCACGCUGUGUAACAAGGAUAUAAAACAUCGCACGAAGUCCUAAAAAACUCUCCGGACUUGAACCAGAAUUGAUUUUAGCAAGAUUGCGUGUUUUUAAAAGCCAACGAGUUAUUGGAGAUGACUACUCGUACCGUCUCAUCGUGUCACUUAGGCAUAACCUGACACGAUGUCGAUAGUUUCGACUCCUGAUGGCCGAGAGCACUCGGAUUUCUUUUUUUCCGAGUACGCCUGUGUCACUUACUGAAUAAUACAUCAUUCUCAUUUAUUCACCAGGCUUAAAAAUAUUCCAUCACAUUUAUUCCAUUGCGCGUAUGCCACACAUGACAUUCCAAUCCUAGCAGUAUGCAGGAUGUUUGUCCAAUGAAGCACUCGGAUUUUUUUUCCGAUUAUGCCUGUGUCACUUAGUAAGUAAUACAUCAUGUUCAAAAGUAUUAAUUUUUGCACCAUACAGGAAGUUGUUUCGGGUCACUCAGCAAGAGCUGUGAAAAGUAGCCACACUGGAAUAGGAAUAUAUUUUUUCCAAUCCAUGAAGAUAUUUGACCUUUCAAAAUAGCUCGUCCCUAUGGGCUCAGGUAAAUAACAACUAAAAAAUGUACUACCAAGCAGGAACUGUCUCCAAUGAGUUUUGUAUCCUCUUCAUUCUGUUGUCCAAUGCGACUAUUAAAAACACUAUGAGUUUUACGACUUGCAUGUUUUAUUGAUUGCGCUUGUCAAACAACACUACAGUCUGUCAUUGAUAGAGAAAAGAAAGUUUAAUUUUGACAAUAUUGGAUGAAAAAUACUAAGAAUUUUCCAAAGAGGGCACCGAAGAAUAAAUAAUGUGCACUGUCAUUUUUACGACAUUUAAAAAGGAGGGAAGGGGGUGGGGGAAAGGAUUUAACAACCAUACUACUCUCUCUCCCCAACCACCCACAAAGUGCACAGUUUGCACAGUAUACUAGUGGAAACGUCACAUCAACAUUUAUAUGUUUACGUUUAAUAGCACAAUUACGGUCGUUGCACCACUCCAAUAUGGCCAUUUCCCCACAAAACUAUAUUUAAGUAGAUCUUUGAUCAAUCUUGUACGUCAAGCUUUGUUACUUUGAAUUUUUCUUGGCUUCUUGCGGAGACAAUUUCAAACUUUUUAGCCCUAAAACUUUGAAUGGAUAUACACUUUUAAUUAGCUUACAUUACGUUACUGGUUGGCUGGUUUAAUUCGGUGGCAGCCUUUAGGUGGUCGCCAUACCAUUAGUGUAUCUACCUCUUCACUGAACACACUUUUAAAAAAAGAUAACGAUCAAAUGAAACGAUUUUUUCGAAAGAAAAUAAAUGAUGUUAUCUUGUAUACAAUUAUGCGCAAGGCAUAAUUAGUUAACAGAAAACAGUUUAUUAACCUGCUUAUGAGGUACAGCCGCACUCGCCUACAAGCUUUGAAAGACGACUAAUAAACGGAUUCUUUCGUCUUUGUGUUAUAUCAGAGACGUCCACACAAGUUCAUCGCAAAUACUGCGCAGCAUGUCCACACUCAGUGACAUCAGCUUUUUCUUGCCCAUGCGCAUGAGCUCACAGUGUUGUAACCUGACGACGAUACAAUGGGGUGCUGAAGGGAAACCUCUCUCAUCACUUGCGCACAGAUUUCAGAUUGGAUUACCUGUUCUUGUGAUGCUCUGUCAUCUUCUCUAGUAGUCUCUUCGUCCGACUCUUCCCGGUUCACUGUACUGGGAGGAAGCCUUUUCUUUGCUGCCAGUCGUGAGAAGAAUCCAGUGAUUUGCUGUCCUGUUAGAACUUCUUCUGGUAGAAAUCGACGAGCUCCUAACUCGUCCCUUGAAGAUCUCAUCAUUUGUGAGACUUCAUUCGGAUCUGCUUUCCUUCCACUCUGCUCGCCAAUUUCAAAUUGUUGUUUCAAAAAUUCAUUUUGUUUUUGCGUAAAACGUGUCUUCUUUGUGAUUGUCUUAAGUGCCCAUCCCAUUGUAAGGGGCGAAAAGCAUUCCCGUCAAAACUCCGAAAUUACCGAAAGGUGCGUAUUUUUUAAACACAAAAGUCUGAAGUUUUGUCGACCUACAGAAUGAAAUAACAAUCGAAAGUUGACUGCGCGAUAAGAGGUGAGAAGAAGGGGGGGGGAGUAGCAUUGUGAUUAGACUAUCCUUUUUUUUGUUUAUUGUUUAUAUCUUUCUCAAGUGGCUUUUUGCGAAACGAAAUUGAAAUGUUUUAAACAAAGUAAAUUAACCCCUACUAACCGAAUUCCAGGUGCGUACUGUAAGUUACAGACCGUGAAAUGAGGUUAGUAAGAUAUUCAUUAUGUCUCUGAGGUCAAUCGGGCGCGCGGGAAUGGAAACUAGUUAAAGUCUAGUGGGCCGCGCAAAAUUGACCAAUCACACCCCGCGUACGAACUACGAAAGAAUAGGAACUCAUUGUAUACAUGUGGGCAGUGCUGUGCACGCGCUGCGGACCUGUUUGUUUACGGACACCGGCACUCACUCACUCACUCACAUACCUGGCGACAAAGUGGGUAGGGCACUAUACAGUGCACACACUAAUAUAAGCGCAAUCCAUAAAAAAAUGAGAGGCAUGAAAUAAAGGUUGUUAUAAAAAAAUUGGAUUGGACAACUAAAUGAAGAGAUAAGUAACGAAAUGUUCUUCAUCAACCUUACUUAUUUCUCUCCGUCGUUUAAACAAAUGAUUCUUUCAUAUAAUCUCAAGUCAUCAGAAUGAAUAGACUAAAAAUAAUUCAUUGGAGACAGUUUCUGUUUGGUAGAACAUCAAGCAGUUGGUUGCUUACCUGAGCAGGGACGAGCUGUUUUGAAAGCUCAAAUAUCUUCAUGGAUUGGAAUAAAUUUAUUCCUUUUUCCAGUGCGGGUGCCUUCCUCAGCUCCCUGCAGUGACCAGAAACAACUUCCGGGAUGGUGCAAAGAUUACCCGUCCUUCGCCAACCUAAACCUAACUUGGCACGAUGAACCGGACAGAUAGUCAUAUCCGAUAAAUUCGCCGGCUUUUGAAAACAUCCACAUCUCGCCAAAAUUAAUUCUACCUCCGUUUCAAUUCCGGAAAAUUUCAACGACUUUUUGUGAUUUUUGAUAUCCCUGUUACACCGCGUGAGAGGCGUGACGGAAGUUGAAGAACUUGUGCGUUCGUCUGCGCCGCAAAUCCUACCAACAAUAUUCAAGAACGAGCAAGACAUCGCUGUUCUAUGAAGUUCCCCGACAAUAAACUCUGGUUUUAGAUGCAAUGUUUCACGGAUAAAGAUAAUUCGAUUUAUUUAUUUAAAGAACGAUGCAAUUUUCGUGAGAACAGGUACUUCUGAUUGGCUAUCGACGGCAGAAAGCUUCUCAUUCUUAAUAAAAUCAAUUCUUAUCGUUUCAGUUUGAAUUGCUAUUAUGAUAUUUUCUUUUAUUUUUACUUCAGCAAGUUAACUGGGGAACCUGGCACAUCGUUGAGUAAGAUAUUUUAAAAUAAGACUUAUUGUAAAUUAACAGAUGUAAAUAUCUGUUUGUUACUGUACUAAUUGUAGCUAAGUCGCUCGUGCGUGACACAGAUUAGGGAGCGAGCCUGUGAGAUUUAAUUUCAGCUCGUGGUAAUUUUGGUGUUUCAUAGUUUGUUUUACCUGUGUAGACAAUAUUUAACAUCAAUAUAUAUUUUUAAAAGGUUCAAACCGCUAAGAAAGUAAAACCCUCAUGUUUUAUGUACAAACUUUGGCCGAGGAGUUAAUUUAUUCAAUAGUGCUUUGUUAUGUAGAGUUGUAGAUUUCAAAGGCGCUCAAUUGGAAUUUUAUCGAAUUUUGAUCGGCGUUUUUGCAAAAGUGCUACUAGAUCCUAAAGAUUUAAAACCAUAGACCUAAAAAUCAAUGACUGAACUGUCUUUGGUUAUAAUAUCAGAGGAUUUGAAGAACUACCGGUCAGCUUUUUUCGUCGCUAAGUUUGGAUUAUUUUACACCUUCGCGUAAAUGAGAAAAGUGUGUCUUCUUAAUCAGGUCUCAGUUCGCUCACAAAUAAGCAGAGAUAAAAAUAAUUCCCAUGGUUUGACUAAGGAAGAAUUAAUGUAUUCAAUUAUACUCAAGAAAGAUUCACAGCUAUGUAAACGUCUGUGUAGCGAGAAGCUGAAAAGUGUAAAAUUUCGAGUUUCCGCCAGGUGAAAUCCGAGCUUCCGGUAGGGUGACCGUUUUUCGUGGUUUUCUGCCGUUAUAUGGAAUAUUUCAAAAAACUAACCUCAUAUCCUUCAGUUACUUACCUAGGCCUUCAAACUGACAAAGUAUGAGCGAAAUCGAUUUUUUGACCGUGGCCACGAUUUCUUUGAUUUUUACUGACUAUCACUCUUAACCAUUAGCGCCAACUCCUCUGACAAAGCUCGUUUGGAUGUAAGUGCGCGCAAUUUUUUGGCAAAGUGUCUUUUUUGAAGUCAGGGUUUUUAACCCUUUCACAAAGAGCCACUUAAACCAGAAACUUGACACCACUCUCUCGAGCAAUGAGAACGAUAACAAAAAAUACUACAACCAGCGAAUCAUUGAAGUCGCGCAUGACUACCUCAGUCCUCUCCUGCAGAGAAACCGAGCGAAUUCUUUCCGAACUAGCCCUGAAGCUAUCUGA